AUGGCAACUGCAACAGCCUCAUCUCAUGCAACUCAUUCAUUCAAAAAUACUAUUGCUCUUAUAACUGAAGCCAAUAAAGGUAUUGGCUUUGAAACAGCACGUCAGUUAGGUAAACAAGGUAUUAUUGUAUUGAUCGGUACUCGAGAUAAAGUACAUGGUGAAGAAGCAGUCAAAAAAUUAAAACAAGAGAAAAUUAAUGCAAAAUUUAUACAUAUUGAUGUUAGCAAUCAAGAUUUAAUUAAAAAGGCAGUUGAACAAAUUCAACAAGAAUACGAAAAACUUGAUAUAUUAAUUAAUAAUGCAGCUAUACAUUUAGAAAGUGAACCACCAUCCAAAACACCUAUGAAAACACUUCGUAAAACAUUUGAAACAAGUUUUUUUGGUGUUUUUGCUGUAACACAACCCUUUUAUACCAUUCUUACAAAAAUGAACUGUUGGUGGUGGUCGAAUUCUGAUCGUAAUAAACUUGCUUAUUCAACAUCUAAAACAGCAUUAAAUAUGAUGACAUAUCAGUUUGCUAAAGAACUUGCAAAUAGUAGAUCUAAUAUUAAAAUUAAUAGUGUAGAUUCAGAUUCAACUCAAACCAAUAUGACUGGUAACAAUGUCAAAUUUGCUCCUGUUGAAGAUGCUGCGGAUCCUAUUGCUUAUUUUGCUACUCUUCCUUCUAAUGGAUCUUCUGGUCAGUUUUUCAAUCCAAAGAAACAGCUACAUCCAUGGUAG